UAUUAUAUUUACAAGUGUUUGCCUUUUAGUUAUUUCUUUCAUAUACAAUAUGGUGACAAGUUCAAAAAUUGGAAGCCCAAAUAGCAACACUCGUUUUUACUAAUAUUCGGCGAAAAUAGUUUUCUAGGAUUUCGGCGCACCCUAACCAAAAGCUAGAGAACUAUCGGUAAGCUCGCGCAGAACACGGCAUUGAAAAUAGACGCCAACUCAUUCUAAAACACAGUUAACAGUUACAUUUCAAAUUGUGAACAUUUUACUGAAAUUCCAAGGAUGGAGAACAACGGGGGCCUGGAGGUAGACCUGAUUGGUUCCUCAGCUGGCUAAAGGAGGUGUUCCUGCCCGCAUCGCGCGACCCUCUAGCAUCGCAAAUUGAGCAAUUUGAGAAUGCAGUGGAGCAAAUCCCGAAUAUUGAUGAAGCAAUUAAGAAGUCGCUAACCACAACGCUGUCCACGGAGGCGAGAAUCAUCUUGAAGAAAGAAGAUGACAAGUCGAAGGUGCAACAAUUGCUCAAAACUCAAGUCCUGGCUAUUGAUGAUGCAGUAUCCCCCAUGCCGUGGAGCAGGUUAACUGAAUCUGAGGCGAAGAUUAUAUCACGAGUUGUUGAAAAUAUCAAACAACAGGAUUUCGCGACUAAAUCUAUCAAACACUGGUCUAUUCAUUUCUCCGACCUGUUCGAUAAGUUUUUUAUCGCAAGUAGAGUGGGCCGGAUCGCUGUUGUUUAUAAUAGUUGUUCCUCCAGUUUGAAGCAACGUCUUCUGGCACUAGAUGUCGGUAAUGAAGCUCAGAAAGAUUCCUACUUUACCUAAGCUUGCUGCAACUUAUAACAGCAGUGGUACACUCACCCAACACGAAGGAUGAUGCGAUGUUACAAGUCUACAAAGGUUUCCGCCAAGCUAGUUCAGAGUCAGUCCAAGCGUUCCUGCAGAGAGUACGGGAUACAGCCGAGGAGGCCUAUGGCCCAUCCUCGAGCUGGACAAUGUCGCAAGCUUCUCUCCUCCUGAAGAAGAUAUGUGAAGGAUUAAAUUCAUCAGAGUUGGCUAAACUAACAGCAUCCAUAGUAAUUUCUGUCCCGUUCCAGUGGAAUAUUCUUUGCGAUUCCAUAAUCCAAUUCCAGCAAAGAGUAAAGCCGGCCCAGCCUGACCCAAAUGUUAAUGCAGUUCAGCAAACUCCAACCAGAACUCCAGUCUGUUUCAAGUGUGGCGCGGCUCACUACAUGCGUGACUGCAGAAUUUUAGUUUGUAAGUACUGCGGACAGAACCACAAGCACGCUGACUGUUCAAAAACCGGCCAGAGAACUUUCUGCGCCAAGUGUAAGAGUAGAUAUCACAACACCAAGGGCCAUUUCAAGUAUGUACCUGAAGGAGUAAAGCUGCGCCCUCAAGGAAUUAACGUGAUAGAAGCUACAUCGUUCCUAGAAGGUGCUGUAUCAAUGGACAUGGAUCAUACAGGUAACCAUUUUCCCCCUUUAUACCGUUCGGUUGGACUUUUGAAUACUAUCUUGAAUUCUAACGGAUUUAUUUGA